AUGUGCUUAUGCAGCAGAAAGAAGUCAGAAGUUAGGCUCGAGACUCAACCUCCAGUCUCAAUACUACAAAGAUCGCCAGCGCUUGGCGUCGAACCCAACUCAGCGCUUAUAGAUCGAAUUCAUUCAUUCAAAGAGCCUGCGAAAGACUUGUCUAUAAAGAAAGGUGAUCUCAUUUUCUCACUGAAAGAAUUGAAGAAAGUGCCAAAAGCAAGCGGGAAUAAUAAGUACGGCAGUAAGCAAAAUGUCAGAGUUCAAAAAUGUGAAUUGGAUGCGGACGACGAUACACUCUAUCCAAAACCCAUAUCCAUAUCUAAAAACGAAGCUGAUCAGGAUGAAGUGGAUGACGAAGUGUCAACCGAAACACCCGAGUGCGAUCCGUAUGCUCCUCUCGAAGAACUCGAGAAACGAGAAGGUUUCAACUGUCAAACACUACGCAAAAACACAUUCCUUGCCAAUGCAUUGUCGAUGCCAAAUGAAAAAGAACGCAAGAAAAGAAACAAGCCGAAAUCAUCGCACCUACCACUGUCUUCAAAUGAAACACUGGAAAGAUCGCCGAAAAGAAAAACUUUUCCUAAAAUUUUGUGGGAAACAAGUUCAACAAUAAAAUCGGCAACAAUUAAUUCAGCGGACUCAGUUGAUCAGAGCAGCAAACCAGAAGCGUUUACCAAGACAGAGAUAUCAUCAAUAUCCAGUCAUAAAAAGGAAAUAUUCAGAAAUAAUCCGGAACUGAGACUAGAAACAGAUUUAAAAAAGAAGGAUAAAAAUGAUAGAAAUAGUGUGAUGUAA